AUGAGAAUUCCAUUCUUGAUCCUCACCAUCCUUGUUCUCUCUCUCCAGUGCAAGGCUUCCGUUGCCUCCCCGCUUGUAAGAGAUAAGGAGACCAACAUCCUCUUCUACUUCCACAACAUCCAUGCCGAUAAGGAUUCCUCCUCGGUCCUUGUUGCACAAAACGCCAAUGCCACGGCCCAUGCUCGUGGUAUCGUGGCCUUUAGCUCUGUCUACGUGUUUGACAAUGUGAUCACUGAGGGGCCCUCGAUCACGUCUAAGGUGCUUGGGAAUGCACAGGGCAUGUACGUCGGCACAGCAAAAGAUGGGUACACGAUUUUGAUGGCCAUCGAUGUUGAGAUCACAACUGGCCCAUUCAAUGGCAGCUCGUUUGUAUUGUUCUCGAGAAACCCGUUGAGAUCAACCAGGGAGCUCCCCGUCAUCGGAGGUCGUGGUGUGUUCCGAAUGGCCGAAGGGUACGGCAUGCUCCGAACGGUGUGCGUUCACUGUCUCAACUCUGUGAACCCUGCCAGUGGAGAUGUCAUAGAGUACAACGUGACUCUCUGGCACCAUUAA